AGGAAGUUGAUGGCGGAUCACUUGUUUCUUGUCUUCCACCAUGUCCGACUCUAAAGCCACUUCGGGCGUCGUGGACAACCUGGACAGUAUUCCAGCUCCACCUCCUAUGGGCCCGCCAUCUACAGGAAAUCUCGUGAAUGAUUCUCUACGAAGUGCCAUGCACAUCGGAGAAGUGCCUUGCGCGCGAAAUAGCUUGCUCAGUGGCAUUGCGAGUGGAGUAGGAAUUGGAUUCAUUCGUGCCAUGUCCUCACCCCCCAUUGUGGCGGGCAAUUGGGCAGUCGGAACAUUCGCUCUGAUUUCUACUGCCUCUUGGUUCAUUUGUAUGAGGCGAUUAGAUAACGAGCAGCGGGUCACAAGAACGGUCAUCGAGAGUCUCCCAAAGCAGCUGCGACUCAAAAGAGAGAGCGAAGACGCGAAUCCGGACUCAAAAUAGCGUACAAUCCUUCCCCCUAGCUCCAAUCUUCUGCAUUCUCCCACACUUCUGGAUCCCAAUUCUCGACUAGCACAGGGUCCUCCUGCAAUGAAGGGAUCAGUCAUGUCGACAAGACAAGCAUCCAUUGAGUUUACUCUAAACUUCUUUUGAAAUUCGGUGAAACCGUUUCGAAGAACAUAAAUCUCUUGUGGUUUCGUGCCAUCGAGCUUCAAGUUGCUUCGCGUUUCCUCGUAGAUCUUGCACACACAUUAAUGAAUCCCGGAUCGAGCGUCUGAUAGGGGAUUACGGUCAGCGUGUGACAGACGUACCGCGCUUGGGAGAGUGCGCAAUGAAACACCAUGGCCUUGACAUCUUCCUUCUUCUUGACCAGGUCAUACACGCUCGUAUGAAAAUAUCUUGAAGGGACGUUUUGAGCCCCCUUGAUAUUGCCGCCGGCGAAGUCAUCGUCGCGAACAUCCACCACAAGAUAGUCCUUGUUCACUAGCUGAUCACUCUUGAUUAUCUCGGCGAGCUCCUGUGAGCGCAGUGCUUGAGGCGGGAUUGGUCUUUCCCACGAAACGGAAUCGUACUUCUCCGGAGAUGUACUUCAUGGCAGAGAAGGAGGAGCUUCUGGAAAGAAAGCGAACGGAUGUGCUGGAUCGCAGCAGGAAAGUGAGCAUAACGUAAGCGUGAUUGGCAGCAGCGCAUCAUGGGCAGUAAGAAACCCAGUUUCAGUCUCAUGAAAGUCCCAACAGCCCAAGCGCUAGAAUUUUAGUCUCUAGCGCCCUGUAGUUCCAAGAUCAAAGACCAGUAGUGAAGUCGGCACGAGUUGAGAUGACGUGCAAGUUGUUACAAAUGGGGUCGUUCCCGAAAAGGCAAGCACGCCUCUGAUGGCGACCGCCGAGUCCACACCUGGCGAAGCUGCGCCCGCACUACAGGAAGAGCCCCUGCUCGAUGUCAACGUCCUCAAGGAAAUUGCACAGAAGUCGCUUGUGGACGCGCUCAACGCUGUCAACGGCGCGAAGACGCUCGUUUUAGAUGCGACGUUGGCUGGGCCUCUCGGUCUUGUGACUGAAGUGUCGCUAUUGAAGGUGCGACGACACGUCUAUGCCAACGACACUGCUCAGUCGGGCUUGCAGCAUCAUGGUGUGGACAAGAUGUUUUGGCUGGAGGGAGGGCCAUUGACAUCCACGACGACCAACAUCGUGUACCUCUGUCGGCCCAAGAUAAAGCAAAUCAAGAUCAUUGCAGAUCAAAUCAAGCGACAUGCGAAGGAGGGUCAACAGCAUACCUACACGCUACUCCUCGUACCCCGCAUUUCCACACUCGCGACUCGAAUUCUGGAGGAAGAGGGUGUCUUAAGAGAUGUGCACAUUGCAUCGUACAACUUGCAGUUCAUCCCCAUCGCCGACGACGUGAUAUCAUUGGAGAAUGAGAUGGCUUUCAAGGAAAUCUGGGUGGAUGGAGACGAAACUGCCAUAUACGACUCUGCACAAGCACUGGUGACCCUGGAGAAGCUGUAUGGCUUGUUUCCGAGGAUAGUAGCCAAAGGUGAUCAUGCUGCGCGCCUCUCGACGCUAUUAGGCCGACCAUUACCGACCGACGCAGCUGCUCCCGAUCUCCUUCAAACACAGUCGGAAAAGAUCGACUCCCUCAUUAUCUUGGACCGCCGUGUUGAUAUGAUCACGCCGCUUUUGACACAGCUCACGUACGAAGGGCUAACAGAUGAACUCAUUGGCAUCAAGAACUCUCAUGUCGAGCUUCCCGUGUCCUUGUUAUCGCCGCCAGCACCGGGGGCCAAUGUAAACCCACCGGCCGCGCCAGUUUCGUCUUUGAAGAAAGUUGAGGCGAAGAAGAAGCACCAUCUGUCGACCUCCACAGAUCCGCUAUUCGCUGAACUGCGAGACUUGAACUUUUCAGCUAUUGGGAAGAGGCUGAACAAGGUCGCUCGGAGAUUAGACGAGGAUUACAAGGGACGUCAUCAAGCUAAGACUGUUGCUCAGUUGCGAGACUUCGUUGGCAAGCUGGGCGGCCUGCAGAGCGAGCACCAAUCUUUGCGUCUUCACACUGGUCUGUCUGAAAUCAUUGUCCCAAUGACAAGAACGGAUAUAUUCAACAAAACGCUCGAGAUCCAGCAGAACCUGCUUGCAUCCUACGAAGUCUCCAACCAGAUUACCGCUAUCGAAGAUCUUAUUGCCCAAGGUGCUGACAUGCAGACCGUUCUCAGGCUUCUUUGUCUCGCCAGUAUCACUGCUGGAGGCAUCAAACCGAAACCUCUCGAGAAUCUCAAACGUGAAAUCCUGCAGGCAUACGGCUACAACUUCCUCCCUCUCCUCUUGGCCAUCUCUUCGCAUCCGCUUGCGAUACUCCUGCCAAACAUUCCUGCAACGCCUGCUUCAGAUAAAUAUCCAUUUUCUGCUGUCCGCAAGUCUCUGCGAUUAUUGAUCGACGACACGCCGGAGGCACUGGACGAAGUGGAGAACGACAUCAGCUUUGUCUACUCGGGCUAUGCCCCGAUCAGUGUCAGACUAGUGCAGUGCGUUGCUCAGAAGGGUGGCGUCUUGAGCAAUCCCGCCGAGAAGGAGAAAGCUGGCGUCGAGCAGACUCAUAUCAAAGCGCAAGCCCAUCCAAUUGCUGGGUGGCGCGGCUUUGAAGAUAUCGUCGCCACCAUCCCUGGAGAAACUGUGGAUGUCGUCCAAAGCGGCACCAGCACGACUCCUGCACCUAUGGCUUCGCUACUGCGCCCGAUGCACAAACCUACCACGACGCUCGUGUUCUUCCUUGGUGGCUGCACCUACACUGAGAUUGCGGCGCUCAGAUGGGUCGGUCGACAGAACAAAGGCCGCAAAUUCUUGAUUGCCACAACGGGUAUCAUCAAUGGACGCAAUAUGUUCGAGAGCAUCGUUGGGGCCCCAAGCGCAUCUGCUCCCGCUUCGAAAGAUGUGGCUAUUUGAAUCUACUUCCAGUCGCGAAGUGUCACAUCACGUGAAUGCAUACCAUGUGCAUACCAUCACAUGUCACGUCCACUGUUCGACCUUUCCGUUUCUGCACCAUUCGGAAUCAUAUCAUAUGUCUGUGUGGUAAUGAUCUUUGAGACAAUGCCACAUAUAUUUGCUGCCAAUCCUCGGUCUUUGCGUCGCGUUCCCUUCCACUUUUCUUGUUACCUAAACGCCAAACAUAGUCUGCUGUCAGGGUUGUGUCAGGGCUUCGUAUGAAUACACGCUACAAUGAAGUCGUCUCCUCCCACCGCGAGCAGCAAGAAAGCGCGAGGAUCGAAGAGAAAAGGCGUAGCGCCUGCAUACAUGCAGUUCAUGUCUGAGGAGCUCGCUCGUCUGAAGGAGGAGGAGCCGAAUGUCGCGACGCACCAGGAACGGCGGGCUCUGGCCACCGCCAAGUGGCACAAGAUCAAGGACACGCUCAAAGCCCCUACGUCCUCUGCACCGGCGGAGUCUGGCGUGUCGUCCUCACCGUGAACAACGAUGGCGUAUCUUCCGCUCGUGUAAUAACAUCAUUGUUGAAUAUUCCACGCGUAAUAAUGCCAACUUGGGUCCGUUGCUACAGUUUGCAGGCAAGCAGAAUGGAAGGUGCUAGCCUCCGGAGCGCCCAGGCGAAGCCAAGGGUGUGCGCCUAUACGAUUCUUGUACGUUUCAACACUUCUCUGCGAAUGCGUAUAUGUACUGUGUAGCACUUGGCUCGGCUGCAGCCUUGGUUGGCCGUCGCCAAUCUGUUGUGUCCGUGUCAAGUAGGGCUGCUCGUCCCGUGCCUGGCGAGGAAUGCACCAGCGGCUCAGCGUGAGAAGGAAAGUGGCCCACGUAUCCUCAUAUUUGAUAAUUCAGACCGGUGAAGUCCGGGAAUGGUCAUCUGGUCCAUAAGAUCUUCACAUGAGCGGCCCCCCUGCCCCGUUUGUACCACACAGCUUCCAGCGGUCAAAGCUGGGUUUGAUUCUGAGCCCAAGUAGUUAGCAGCCGGAGACAGCUGACGUAGGGUACAUGCAGACCUCCUGCUCCGGGAAUGGCGGAA